UAGCAUGGUUUCCGGUCCCGGUGGGGGCCGUCGGUGCUGACGUCGAGCCUGGCGGGAAACCACCUUCACUGCUGCCAUCAUGGGUUGGGACUUCUGUUCAUCUUUCCCCAUUGCGUAUGGAAGCAUUUGUAUUAGGCUCAACACAACCGUCCCCUAACAGUGCCCUUCAGUGCAAACUCCUACAAUAUGGCUCUUCUGAACAUCUAUACGACGCUUACUAGCUUCCUGUCGCCAACAGCCACACUCUGGCUGGCUGUUUUGCUCACAGUCCUUGGUCCUUAUUUGCUGUACCAAUGGCUGCUUCCCAAACCGCUCCCCGGCAUUCCGUUCAACAUGGAAGCUACAAAGUCGUUGUUCGGUGACGCACCUGCCAUGAGCAGGGAAAUCAGCGUCACGGGAGAGUUUAGCAUGUGGCUAGCCCAUCAGGUCGAACGAAUGGGUGAACCCAUCUGCCAAGUCUUCAUCCGUCCGUUUUCCAAGCCAUGGAUCCUGGUGGGCGAUUUCCACGAAGCUCAGGACAUUUUGAUGCGCCGCACCGAGUUUGAGAAGCCUCAGUUCUUGAUCGACGGGCUCCUCGCUUUGGGUGAUUGGAAUGCAAGGUACAAGACCAACGACCCCACCUUCCGAGCCCGCCGCCACCUCAAGCAAGACUUGAUGGCACCAAACUUCCUGAACAGCUUCAUGGGCCCAUUUCUUCACAGCGAGGGGUUGAAGCUCGUCAAGCUUUUCGAGGCAAAGAUGAAGCUUGCCGACGGGAGACCGUUUUCUGUGCGGUCGGAUUACUACCACGCUGCCCUCGACACCAUGGUUCACUACGCCUUCGGCGGAAAUAUUCCAGACUCGGCAACGGACCCUCAGUUGGAGACGAUAUCCAACAUAAGGCCCUCGCAAAUCCCCCCAGCCAGCAAGGACGAGCCUGUGGUCUUUCCUGAAACUCCAAUCUCGCCAUUCCUCGCCGCUGUCCAUCACGCACCUGAUGUCUUGGAAAAGACCACAAUUGCCUGGGCGCCCAAACUCAGUUUCUGGUGGUGGAGCCAACAGCCAUGGUUCCGGAAGAUCUUCUCACAAAAGGAACAAGUCGUCCCCAAGCAGCUCGACGUGGCGAUUCGGAAUUUUGAAGCGGGCGAGGUCAAGACAGCUCUGGAGCACCAUCUGAUGCGGGAGAAGAUUGCAGCUGAGAAACAAGGGCGUGAGCCUCUGUUGAACAGUCACAUCAUGGUCGAUGAGAUUUUUGCAGACAUGAUCGCCGGUCAUCAUACCACAGGGGGAUCAAUGGGGUGGGUUACCAAGUAUUUGACUGGCUACCCCGAAGCCCAGUCUAAACUCCGCGAUGCACUGUACUCUGCUCUUCCAGAGGCUGUUGCAGAAAAACGCUUCCCCACCUUUGAAGAGCUUCGCCGAGCGAGAAUUCCUUACCUUGAGGCGGUCAUCGAGGAGACGCUGCGCCUGACACCAUUCAGCAUGACAAGAGAGGCUACGGAAGACACCGAAAUUCUGGGCUACAAGAUCCCUAAAGGAUGCCAGGUCUUUAUGGUCAAUGCCGGACCUGGAUACCUCUCCCCUUCGCUGCCUGUAAACGAGAAUGCUCGUAGCCCGACGUCCAAGGCGGCGAAGAGACGGCCUCAUUGGGAUGAGUCCAAGGAUCUGAAGCUGUUUGAGCCUGAGCGCUGGCUUGUAACCAAGAAGGAUGGGUGUGUGGAGUUUGAUGCAGGCGCGGGACCGCAGCUGGGAUUCGGCAUGGGUAUCAGACAAUGCUGGGGGAGGAAGCUGGCGCAUCUGGAGAUUAGAACGAUUAUGGCGUUGGUGGUUUGGAAUUUUGAGUUUUUGGAGAUUCCAGAGGCUUUGGGGGGUUAUGCUGGGUUUGAUGGAAUUUCGAGACAGCCACAGAAGGUUUAUGUCAGGUUGCGGAAGGUGAAUUCCUGGUAG